CGAUUGCUCUAAGGAGGCGCGUCUCGAGCGAGCUGAGGUUGCUUCUGGACAGGAACCAUGAACUGGCAUUCCCCCCUUCUCUUGGCGGCUUUGACAUCAAUGUGUAUGUGCUUCCAGCUGAACCCUCUGUCUCUUGAGGAGCUAGGUUCAGACAUUGGGAUCCAAGUUUUUAAACAUUUGGUCAAAACCAGGCCUAAGGAUAACAUUGUGGUAUCUCCCCAUGGAAUUGCAUCAGUGCUAGGAAUGCUUCAGCUGGGUGCUGAUGGUAAGACAAAGAAACAGCUGACCACAGUGAUGAGAUACAGUGUCAAUGGAGUUGGUAAAAUACUGAAAAAGAUAAACAAGGCCAUAGUGUCCAAGAAGAAUAAAGAUGUUGUAACAAUUGCAAAUGCAGUCUUUGCAAAAAGUGGCUUGAAAAUGGAAGUGCCUUUUGUUUCACGGAACAAUGAUGUUCAGUGCGAUGUCAAGAGUGUGGAUUUCAUGGAUCCGAAUGCUGCCUGUGACAAUAUCAACCAGUGGGUAAAAAAUGAAACUAAGGGUAUGAUCUACAGUGUGUUAUCGCCAGAUGCUAUUGAUAGUUCUUUAACAAGGCUGGUGCUGGUGAAUGCAAUAUACUUUAAGGGACUGUGGAAAUCACGUUUUCAGCCAGAAAAUACAAAAAAGUGCACAUUUAACGGAGCUGAUGGAAAGGCCUAUCAAAUACCUAUGUUGGCUCAGUUGUCUGUGUUCCGAUGUGGCACAACUAUAUCUAAUGACUUGUGGUACAAUAUCAUUGAAUUGCCGUACCAUGGCGAAAACAUCAGCAUGUUGAUUGCCCUGCCCACGGAAAGUACAACGCCUUUGUCUGCUAUUAUUCCUCAUAUUAGCACAAAAACUAUACGGAGCUGGAUGGCAACCAUGGUACAGAAAAGAGUGCAGGUUAUAUUACCCAAGUUUACAGCAGAAGCAGAGACAGAUUUAAAGGAGCCUCUCAGAGAGCUUGGCAUUCAAGUUAUGUUCGAACAGUCAAAAGCAAACUUUGCCAAAAUAUCGAGAACAGAAAGUCUUCAUGUAUCUCAGAUCUUACAAACAAAAAUUGAAGUUAGUGAAGAUGGAACCAAAGCUUCUACAGCAACAACUGCAAUUUUAAUGGCCAGGUCAUCACCACCUUGGUUCAUAGCGGACAAACCAUUUCUGUUCUUCAUACGACAUAACCCUACAGGUGCAGUUUUGUUUAUGGGACAAAUGAACAAACCUUGAGCAUGGGAAGAAAUUUCUCUGCAGAAGCAAAUUAAAGAUUGAUGCUCUUCUGUUAAAUAUUUUUGAACACUAUUCUUUGGCUAAGAACUAGUUUUUAAGUGUGAUUGAUCAACUAAGUUUUGAAGAAGAAACCUGAAUUAGCCGUCUUCUUGUGUGGG